GUUAGCGCGUAGUUUGGCACCUUAACUCGACUAUCGGUUCAUCCCGCAUCGCCAGUUCUGCUUACCAAAAAUGGCCCACUUGGAGCUCACAUUGAAUGUGCCGGUUCAAUUAAGCAACCGACACGUCUUACCUAUUUAAAGUUUGAGAAUAGGUGAAGGAUGUUUCAUCCCCCGAACCUCUAAUCAUUCGCUUUACCCGAUAAAACUGAUCAAGCUCCAGCUAUCCUGGGGGAAACUUCGGAGGGAACCAGCUACUAGAUGGUUCGAUUAGUCUUUCGCCCCUAUACCCAAGUCUGAAAAGCGAUUUGCACGUCAGCACAUCUACGAGCCUACGAGGCAUUCUUGUGACAAUCUCGUGCGGCUGCUGGCCCUCUGGAAUGCCUUUGGAAAUUCGGGCAUGAUACUCAUUCAAGGUGGUUAUCAUGGAGUCAGUGCGGAAGACGGUCAGUCCUGUCAGCGACAUCCUCCCAGCCUGCCCUGCACCAACGUCCUGCAUCCGCUCGCUACGUUGCACUACCCGCCCACCUCUGCCCUCUCCUUCGCCCGCUUUCCCAGCCAGCCUCCACUCUCCCCAUCGCCCUCCCUCCGCGGUCCACUCCUAGAACCUUCACUGCCAUCGUCGCCGCCGCCCUCUCUGCCCAGCCCGUCGCGCCAGCCGCCCUCUCUGCCCAGCCCGUCGCGCCCGCCGCCCUCCCGCUCGUGCCUCCGGUUCUGUUCCCUCGCACUGCCGUCCAACCGCCGCCGCCUCCUUUUCCGUCCCCUCCUUCGCGCGCUGUCAGCCUCCAGCCUCCCCACUCGCUUAAGCUCCACUCGACCCAAGCCCCACCUCCUGCGCGCUUACCCAACCAGCCUCCGCUUUGACCACCGCGCUCCCUGGCCAGCCCACAUCCACUUCCGCCUCCUCCCACGCAUCCCCCGUCCAGCCCACCUCAGCUUUUGCCCUUUCGUCCCGUCAUGCUCCUCGCCCAGCCAGCCUCAGCCGCCCUCUCCUUCCGCGCGCUCCAUGUGCUCCCCGUCCCAGCCUUCCUAUUAACUGCAGAAGCAUCGUGCGCGCGCCCCUUCCUGUGGCUGGUGUCAAGGCCCCACAGGUGACGGCGUGCCGGCACGACCGGUGCGCCCCGCCUACGCCUCAAGAACCACCGUGCACGCGCCCUUUCCCGCGGCUGGUGUCAAGGCCGCAGGUGGCAGCAUGCCGGCAUGUGCGGUGCGCCCCGCCUAUGCCUCAAGAACCGCCGUGCACGCGCCCUUUCCCGCGGCUGGUGUCAAGGCCCCGCAGGUGGCGGCGUGCCGGCACGUCAGGUGUGCCCGGCCUACGCCUCAAG